UUCAGAAGAAAGUAUAAAACUGUUGAAGUUUUCAUCUUCCAGCAACAGAGUCGUUCUGCAAUUUGUCGGUGACGUGUCGGUACAAUGUAAAUCCCGAAUCUGUUGAUUGAAAAUGUGAUUUAAAAGUGUUCACAAUGCAUAUCCUUGGUUAUGUGUGUCUGUUAAUACUGGCGAACAAGGUUGUGCCAUCGGUGAUACAGGAGUUGCCCUACCUGAUGAACGAGCGUGAAUUUCAAUUUUAUUUCGGAAGCGAUCGUCGUGAAAAUGUCCCGUUAUUUGAACUGUUCCAACCCACGGUUGAACCAUUCGAUGGGGCCGAUGAGAAUUUUGGACAAAACGCAAAACCAGAGGUCGUGUUGAAGCUUCAAUUUCAAACUAAAGUUGUGAGGUUGAAUUUGAAAUCUAGGACGAAUCUAGUGACGGGGAAAACGAAAAUUGUGACCCGAAGUGAGAAUGGCAGUACGGAAGAAUAUAUCGAACGGUCUACGAAUUUUUGCCAUUAUCUUCAUGUUGAUCGGGAAUCGGCUGCGGCAAUUACAAGUUGUGAUUUCGAAUAUUUCUACGGUGUCGUGUUACUUCCAAACCAGACUCUGGAGAUUCAACCUCUGAAUGGUCGCCUCCGCGGUCUUAUUCAACGUGACGGCUACCAUAAGACUGAGCCUCAGAAUUGGCAUCUCAUCAAAAGUACGUCCCUUGGACACGUUGUAAACACCGAUGACAUCGUGAAUUUGACCAAAUUCAUCCCGAGAAAUACUGAUAUUCACUUACUUGGCGAUACAUUGUAUCAACAGAAUUACACAAUCGAAGACUUGGAUGAGCUGGACGAUACGCGGGAAGCCAAUCGUGACUCGACUCGUCUCCGGAAGUUGACCAUAGAGCUUGGGUUAUUUUUCGAUGAAGCAGCGUACAGAAUUUUUGCUCCUCACUUCGAGUAUGACGAUUUGCAGCUCAAGGAUUUCAUUUUGGCAUAUGUUAACGGAAUUCAAGCACUCUAUCAUCACCCUUCGCUCGGGACUCCGGUGGACAUUACGGUUGUUUAUCUGGAGAUUAUGAAGAAACAACCAGCGGCUAUGCCGCACUACAACGGGGAACGAGAGAAGCUCAUAGAUUCGUUUUGCUCGUAUCAGAACAAUUUAAACAAAGAAGAUGAUAACGAUCCGAAUCAUUGGGACUUAGGAUUGUAUAUUUCCGGAUUGGAUUUCUAUGCAGUGGAAAAUGGUCGCAAGAGCGGGGUGACGAUGGGCUUGGCCACGGUAGGAGGCGUUUGCCUCGGUCCAUACGCCUGCGUUAUAGCAGAGUUUGGGACGACCAGUGUCUUUGGAAAGCCUUAUCCAUCAGCAGGCUUCACCUCGGUUUAUGUAGCAGCACAUGAGAUUGGACACAGUUUGGGAAUGCGACACGACGCUUCGGGGAAUGCUUGCACAAAAGACGGUUACGUGAUGUCCUCUUCGAGAGGAACUCAAGGUGAAACUACAUGGUCCAGUUGCAGCGCCGAUGUUGUAAGAGAACUAUCAUGGGCGGAGUGUUUAUUCGAUUCACCUGUAAAGAUUCAGAAGGAAUUGGAUGCCUGGAAGUUUGAAGGAUAUCCUGGACAAGUGUUUACCUCUAAAAAACAAUGCGAGGUAUUGCUAGUGUGA